CAGGGCUGAGCUGGCAAGUGCAUCUUCUCUGCGAGUUCCUCACUAUCCAGCGAGCGCUGCCCAACUUCUGCGCCGGUGGGACCCGCUGCUCUGAGUCGCUCUUGGCACGGAAGACCAAGCACCCUCAGAAACCGCAUUUACCACGUUUGUGAGGCUCCUGAGAGAAGCAGCCAUCUCCCCCAAAGGGAAAGCCUUAGGCGUCCCGGAAGACCCCGCGGACUGUGCACCUCGAGGACCAGCCUCUCCUAGGAGGAGUAGGGGGCCACUGGUCAGCGGCUGGCAGAGGGGACCUGUUUGCUGGCCCGUUUGGACGUGGGAUGGGGUGGGGUUUGGAGACUGAGAAGCCCAAGACACUGAGUUUCUCCCCAUCCCCCAACUCCACUUCCGAAAAAGAACCAGGUGGCGACGUGUAAACACAAACAACCUCAAAAAGAAGGCAAGAAAAGCGAAGCCCAAAGAAGCAAGAGCAACACUGUUACAAAACUGUCUGGUUUUGUAACAAUUUCCCCGCCGCCGGCCAAUGAGCAGCGUGGCGGCAGGUCACGUGGUACCGUUUUAUAUAACACUUUGCUGAGACAAGACAGUUAUUAGGCGGCGCGGGGCGCCCGGCAUGGAGCUCUCGGAGGCGCGGCAGGGUCGGGAGCUCGGUGGCACGGCGGCGGUGGCUGCCCCGAUUUCCUCCAGCUGCCACUCUUUGCUUCGUGUCCCCAGUCCCUAGACGCCUCUUCCCCUCCCGUGUCCCUCUUCCUAUGGAGUCCUUACGGACCGAACAGAUGCUGAGCUUGCCCGCCGAGGUCAGCAGCAACAACUUGGAGCCGGCAGAGCGAGGGGCAUCAGCGGCCCAAGUAGACAUGGGCCCCCACCGAGAGGCGGCUGCAGAGAGCCCGGCACCUCUACCGACGCGGGAGCCAGAGCAAGAGCAGUCUCCGGGAACCUCAACGCCGGAGAGCAAAGUCCUGCUCACGCAGGCAGACGCCUUGGCGUCCCGGGGGAGAAUCCGGGAAGCCCUCGAGGUGUAUAGACAGCUCUCCGAGCGGCAGCAGCUGGUGGCUGAGCAGCUGGAGCAGCUGGUGCGCUGCCUGGCGGAGAAAGUCCCGCAAGGCGAGGUGCUGGCGCCAGCGCCCCCGGGCGAGGGUAGCACUGCAAGCGGCGCCGUGGCGGCGGAAGAGAUUGGGGCCGCCGCAGCCGCGGCGGCCACCGAGGUGUGGGACGGCUUUAAGUGCCGGAAAUGUCAUGGGUUUCUAUCAGACCCCGUGUCCUUGUCGUGUGGCCACACCUUUUGUAAACUGUGCCUGGAACGUGGGCGGGCCGCCGACCGGCGCUGUGCGCUGUGCGGGGUCAAGCUCUCUGCGUUGAUGGUGGCCACUGGGCGGGCGCGUGGAUCCCGGCGGGCUGGGCAGCAGCCGCCGCCGCCGCUGCGAGUCAACGUGGUGCUCAGCGGCCUCCUCGGCAAGUUGUUCCCAGGCCCGGCGCGGGCGUCGCAACUCCGGCACGAGGGCAACCGGCUGUACCGCGAGCGCCAGGUGGAGGCGGCGCUGCUCAAGUACAACGAGGCAGUUAAGUUGGCUCCAAAUGACCACUUGCUUUAUAGCAAUCGGUCUCAGAUUUAUUUCACCUUGGAGUCUCAUGAGAACGCACUGCAUGAUGCAGAAAUAGCAUGUAAGCUCCGCCCGAUGGGUUUUAAGGCACAUUUCAGAAAAGCCCAAGCCUUAGCCACCCUAGGCAAGGUGGAGGAGGCACUAAGGGAGUUUCUCUACUGUGUAUCCCUUGAUGGAAAGAACAAGAGAGCAAGAUGUGAAGCCCAAAGACUUCUCCUUAGUUUCUUUUCACCAUCAGUCCCGGGGGAUUCUCAGGAACAUUCUCCCGAUAUCCUGAAGCUGUUGGCACCUCACCCUAGAUUAAAGGAAAACGUAGAGUCAAUGACUACUGAAGUUACCAGCCAUAAUCUGCCAAGGUGGUUACAGGACAAUCUGGAGCUCCCACAUUGUUCUAGUCAGGAGGAAGCAGCAGCCAGGGGAGACGGCAGCAGUCUGAUGGAUCCAGCUAAAGUGAAGGGGGAUGGUCAGCAGCACCACAUCAAAGACCAGGAAGAAGAGGAGGAGAAGUGGGAUGCUACCUCUCCAAAAGCUGCUUCCAGCAAGACUGGAAAAUGCCAGGAAAAGAAAAGGAAACAUUGCCAAAUUGAAUCCCAAGAAGACACAGGGAUGCCUAAUAAAGCCUCCAAGCAAGAUCCUCCCACUGAUCAGGGGGACAAACCUGCUCUCAGUUUACCACUUGCAUCUUUCGACGCAUCUGACCUUGAAUGCGCUCUAUGUAUGAGAUUAUUCUAUGAGCCAGUCACAACACCUUGUGGGCAUACUUUUUGCUUAAAAUGCCUAGAAAGAUGCCUAGAUCACAACGCCAAGUGUCCAUUGUGCAAAGACGGUCUUUCACAGUGCUUGGCAUCAAGAAAAUACGGCAAAAAUGUAAUAAUGGAGGAGCUCAUAGCUAAAUUCCUUCCAGAAGAACUGAAGGAACGAAGGAAGCUUUACGAAGAGGAAAUGGAAGAACUUUCUAACCUUAAUAAGAAUGUGCCUAUUUUCGUGUGUACUAUGGCCUAUCCCACCGUUCCUUGUCCCCUGCACAUCUUUGAGCCUUGUUACCGCCUGAUGAUUCGUAGAUGCAUUGAGACAGGCACGAGACAGUUUGGCAUGUGCCUUGGAGAUCCUGUCAAAGGGUUUGCAGAAUAUGGCUGCAUCCUAGAGAUCAGAAAUGUUCAAUUCUUUGCCGAUGGCCGCUCAGUGGUUGACAGCAUAGGAAAGAGGCGCUUCAGGGUGCUCCAUCAGAGCCAGCGGGAUGGCUACAACACAGCCGACAUUGAAUACAUUGAAGACCAAAAGGUUCAGGGAGAGGAUUGUGCUGAGCUCAUGGGAUUACAUAACUGUGUCUAUCAGCAAGCGUCAUUGUGGUUUCAUUCACUCAAAUCAUCCCUAAAGAAUCGGAUACUCAAUCACUUUGGUCCCAUGCCGGAGAAAGACGCUGAUCCUCAGAUGAACCCGAAUGGCCCAGCCUGGUGCUGGUGGAUGUUAGCGGUUCUUCCCUUGGAAAGCCGAGCUCAGCUCCCCUUCCUAGCAAUGAGGUCCUUAAAGGACAGACUGAAUGGUAUUCGACGAGUCCUGGCCUUCAUAUCCCGAAACCAAAACUAGUGAGUGGAUUGCUGAAGAGGAGCUCCCACCUUCCCCACUGCCGUUGGGGGGAGUCUUGUAAAUAUAUCUAAUUGCAAUAAUAUCUUAACAGAAGGGAGUGUCAAACAGAGGCGUGAGCCUGCUGUUGAUCACAGAGAGAAAUUGAGUAGAAAGACCAAAAGAAUGUGACCUAUUUGAAACUUUCUGUCUUAAGAUGCUUCUUGACAUGCUGCGUAACUACAUAAACAGCAGAGGUAUUUAAGAGCCCAGAAAAACAUAAUUUGAUUUUAACAUUAAAAUUUCCAAAAGUUUAAAGUGGUUUUGCUUUAAUAUUCUUUCUUUCAUAGAUCAAUGACUGUGUGGUUGAAAUGUGAAAACAAAGAUACUAAUAAUGUUGCUGUAUAAUUUCACUGACUUGAGGUCUCAUUCCAAAUGGUUCAGGUUUUAUAGAGCAUUGUGUAAAAUAAUGUUCAUACUUCUUUCUGUUUUAAUAAUUUAUUUUUUGCACUACUGUAUCCUUUUUUCUACAUGUAUGUUUGUAACUAUGUAAGCAUAUAUUGCUCAAAAGUUCGUUGCUUUAUUUAUUGAUGUGGUUUACCGUGUACCUAGGGGGAAAUAACAAUACUAGAAGUGUGCAGUUUUUGCUUUAAUCUGUUUUUUACUACGGUGACACUAGUUCUUAGACCAUUUCUGUAUCUAUCCAAGUGGAUGCUUAAAAGAAGUUCAGAAUGAUGCUAAGAUAAUCUGUCUUCAGAGUCCGCUUUUUUUUUUCAGUUUGAACUAAACAAUAUAAAAUACUUAAGGGAUUUGGCCUAGAUUAUGGUGUAAGCCAAGGUAAAGUAAAAAAAUUCAUUUUCUGUGUGUAAUACAGAACAAAGCUGAAAGAAUUAUUUUUAUUAUAGGCAUUUAUUUCAGCAAUCUAAUUGUACGUGUAUCUAAUUUUUCCCUAGUGCAGUUAGGAAUGGGAUUUUAGGCAGGAUCAUAAUUAACUCUUCAGAGGAAAUGGCGUUCAGUUUAGCACAUCGCAGUCAUGCCCAGCUAGCCUCCACACCCCAUCUCUCCUCAAGGUUCUGAGGAUCAAGACCUGGGCAGAAACACUUGAUGAAGGACUUUUUCUUAUUAAAAGUGUAAACAAGCCAAAUA